AUGCGUCCCGAUGGGAUCUCUAGUACAAAUGGCUCUUCCCAUACACUGAAUGGAUCGCCUGCCUCCCCGUCCCAGAAGGCGGCUUUCCCCCUCUCACUGAAUGGGCAAGCCUCGCACACAGCCUCUAAUGGAGAAAUACAUACGAACGGACUACAGAAAUCCAGGUUGAAUUCCUCAUCUUACUUCGGUCACGACCGUGAGGAGGUUACAAGAAUCUUGAUACAGAGUCUUUAUGAGCUUGGUUACGAUGGGUCAGCGUCGUUAUUGAGUAAAGAGAGCGGCUAUCAACUGGAAAGCUCGGCGGUCGCUACGUUCAGGGCCGCGAUUCUUGAGGGACGAUGGGCUGAAGCGGAACAGAUCUUGCUUCAGUCGUUUCAGCAUGAGCGGGACAACGGCAGAGGAGGGAGUCGCAGUGAGCAAUUCGCGAACAAAGAGCGAUUAGUGCUGGUUGAGCACGCUGAAAAGAAUGAGAUGCUUUUCUACCUUCGACAACAGAAGUUUCUGGAGCUGCUGGAGGCUCGGGACUUGGGCGCAGCUUUAAUUGUCCUCCGGCAUGAGCUAACACCCUUGAACUACGACAUCAGUCGCUUACAUGCUCUUUCGAGUCUCCUCAUGUGCCCCCCAGAGCAUCUUCAUGACCAGGCUGGUUGGGAUAGCCCUAUAAGCUCUUCUCGAGAACGUCUGCUGUCCGAGUUAUCGAAAUUCAUUUCGCCGUCUGUUAUGAUCCCGGACAACCGUCUUGCUAUUCUCUUAGAUCACGUCAAGCAAAAUCAAAUUAAUCAGUGCUUGUAUCACAAUACCGCAAAUCCUCCUUCUCUCUAUUCGGACCACAUGUGCGACCGAAAAGAUUUCCCUCUGCGAACGGAGAUCCAAUUAAAUGAGCAACGGGACGAAGUGUGGUGGUGCUCAUUUUCACAUGAUGGUACCAGGCUGGUUACGGCCUGCAAGGAUUCCACAGUGAUACUUUACGACACAAACACCUUUACAGUACUUCACACGCUCAAGGAGCACACGGAUGGUGUUGUGCACUGCGAAUUCAGCCCAGACGAUUCCAAGCUCAUCACCUGCUCUCAGGACAAGACAGCUCGCGUGUGGAGCGUCGAAUCUGGUCGCUGUAUCUUGACCAUAAAUCAUCAUCGGCAGCCCGUAACAUCUGCAGCAUGGGCUCCGGAUGGGGAGACAUUUGUCACGGCUUCUCUUGAUCUUAGCUCGCAACUGUGCUAUUGGAGCAUGCGUGGGCUGAACCUGCACACCUGGAGUGGGGGAUUCCGUGUACAGGACUGUACCAUGACUCCCGACGGUCGGAGGUUGAUCGCAGCAGAUCUCGAGGGGAAGUUGCAUGUUUAUAACUUUGGGACACGUGAUGAAGAAUACUGCCUUACAACGAAAAGCAGACCAACAUCUGUGGCUGUCAGCAAGGACUCUCGAUAUUUGCUUGUGAACUUGGCCGACAAUCAACUGCAACUCAUUGACCUCAAUACGACCGAUGUCGUACGGCGCUUUCAGGGGCAAAAGCAGGGCAAUUUCGUUAUCCGAAGCGUCUUUGGAGGCGCUGCUGACAAUUUCAUCGUUAGUGGAAGCGAAGAUUCUCGUAUUUAUAUUUGGCACAAAGAAAAUGGAACUCUCGUCGAAGUCCUGGAAGCACACACACGUGGAUGUGUGAACUCUUUAUCAUGGAACCCAUCCAACUCGGGGAUGUUCGCCUCAGCAGGCGAUGAUAACAUGGUCAGAAUAUGGACCAGAGAACGCGAUACACGACCGAGUACUGCAGCGGGUAAACACAGAACUGUGUCGGGAAAUGGGUUUGCCCGCACGAGUGCCCUGCGUUCAACGUCUCGGUUUUAA